AUGGUUGUCUUCGUGCUCCUGGAGCUCCGUGCGCUGGGGGCUCUCAUUCCUUCUUUGCAUCCUGACGGAAUCCUGCAAGAGGAUGUUCAGGAUCCCCAGGACAAUCCUCUGGAAGUUUCAGACUCGACUUCCGUCCGCUAUCCCGAGGUGAGCACGGAGAAGCCGGAGGGGGAACUUAAGUAUAACUUGACUUCAGGAGAUAUUGCCAAGAGGAUAGCAGGACUCGAGCUUAGCAGGGAUGUCUUGGACGCUGUCCCUGAUUCUUGCGUGGAGGACAUACUGAAGGAAGAAUUCAAUACUGUCAAUCAGAAGCUCGAUGCCUUGUCAUUGAAAAUGGAUAACGUAAGAGAGGAACUAGAGUCUAGCAUGGAAUUCCAGACUUGGUUCACAUCUUACAAUAUAAAAAAUUCCAUCGAAAACGUAGACAUGAAACUGAAGAGUACACUCUCUCAGAUCACAGAUGCUAUAGAGAUCAAAGACAAACUCAAGGUGGCCAAAGAAUUUCUAGAUUACUACAGGACUCAAGACGUCGAAGGGGCACUGAACAACAUCUUUCGCCUGACUGCCACUAGAGGUACGCCCACAAAACCGAACCUUUUCAAAUUAUACAUCAGACAAUAUGACUGCAACGUAACAGGCCUGUCGCAUCUCAUGCUAGUCAUCAUGAGCUUAGUGUUCACUGGAACACAACUGAUGUAUGCAUACUCGUUCUUUAGGAACAAUAACCUGAAUCAACUAGAAGAACAGGUAGAAGCUGUAUAUGAACAAUUUUACAACGUUCGGCGGCAAUAUGAGGAUCAAGUCUUCCAUUGCUAUAAGACUGCCAUUGUGAGAGCUGAUAGGAAAGCUCGGGAUAUCCUGAUUGAUAAUCCUAAACUCACAGGUGCACCGUUAACAGCCAAAAUACAGCUGGAAAUAUCUGAGCUUGUCCCUUGGUAUAACUGGACUGUAGUACAGUACAGCGAAAUUGGAAGCAUCUCACUGAGUAAGAGGCAUUGUGCUGUGGAAUCUAGAGGCAAACAGAUCUUCACAGUCAAACGUGGAGAACUUAUGCGACGGAAUACGGUCUUUCAGGGUUCCGAGAAAACUCUGAAUGGAAAAAGUUGCCCCAACUAUCUUACAGAAACAGUCCAGGAAACAGAAAGGUCUUGCGGGUCUGACUCUUCCACUUCCGAAGUGAAUGGCCUAAUCAACAGUAACAAGUACUCCUUUGUUGCCGGAGGCUUCAGCAGUGACCAGCAUCCCUGUCGAACACACGGAGAUGAGAUGUGUGGCGGUCAUGGGUCCUGCCAAUCCAUUCCCUACAGUGACGACUAUAUGUGUUUCUGUUCCUCCCAUUUUUGGGGUGAAAGCUGUGAGACUUGGUACAACCCCUCCUAUUCUGUGAAUGUAACUGACAUAAUGGUAAGCAUGAGAGAAUCUUUUGGCAUCUCCAUUGGAGUGCCCGAUGUUGUUGAUGUGUAUCUCGAAAUUCAGAAGUUCCCUAGUCAGCUCCGAGAAAUGCAGACAAGCAUGGCGGCCUCAUUUGAAGUUAACAAUCACCUUACUCUCUAUGGGGAUCCUUUCACCAAAGCAGAACGAGUUGCAGACCUGUACCAUCAACUCCUGAGUGGAAAUAUGACUGAGAACACCUUUGGCGAGAAACUUGAACGGCUUAAUCUUAAUUUCGAUUUCAUUUUCUGGAACCUGAAGAAAAUGAUUUAUGGUGACGGGAUCUUAACCUCAGAUGAUUUGAUGAAUUCAUUUAAGAAAUCACAGACGCCUGCAGCUUGCACAGAGAGUUAUGGUGUAAAGAUUUCUAGGUUCAUGAAAAAUAUUUUGACUUUGGACGAAGAAGUUACUGAAGCUCAGCUGAGAUUCCUAAACUGGAAGCGUAGUCGCCAAGACUCUUCAAAUAGCCUGGAAACCUUAGAGCAAAUGAACAGAGUUAAAGACACGGCAGUCAAUCGCCAGCAAGGCUACGUUCGUCACUGGGAGGCUACUUCUUGUCCACAGCUGCACGCCGAAGACUUGGUCGAAAACCACUGCAGCCAGUCCCUCUCGUACGAGGGCCUGAACCUCACGCUCCACUGCCGGAAUAACAAGAAGCCGACGGUUGCGUCCGUGAGAUGUCAGAAGGAGAGCGGCAAGCUCACUUGGAGCUCCAAGCCCAACUGCGAGUAUGUCUGGGGCCCUUGGAGCGCCUGGUCGACCUGCAGCGCAACCUGCGGUGAAGGCCAGAGGAGCAGGACGCGCCACAAACCCAGUGGAGAGAUCGACACUCAAACCAAGCAGUGUGAAGAACAGGAAUGUUGCCAAAGAAGGGACGGCAAGUUCCGGUGCCGGAAUGAGCGGUGCAUCUCGGCUGAGUCCAAGUGCAACGGCCACGACGACUGCGGCGACGGCAGCGACGAGAGCACUGCCCCACGACCACGACCACGACCACGACCACGACCACGGCCCCGUACCCCGACGCUACAGAACAUGUUCUCAGAUUGCUUUACCUUAAUUUAUAUGUUUUUCGUAAUAUGUAGGUGCAUAAACCAAUGAGGAUAUUCACCCUAUAUGAAUUUAUGAAUGGAUAUGCCUAUGCGCUAUUGACAUUUUGAGAGAGAGAGAAAGUAAGAGCGAGCGAGAAAGAGGGAG